AUGUCCAAAAAACUCAAAAUAAGCGCGAAAUCUGAACGUGUCUUUUCUUUUGAAGAACUUGUGCAGCAAGCAGCAGAUAUUGAUAAUGAAUUGCAUAAACUUUCUGAUAGUCUGGACGAAGAUUCCGUCAUCACCAAAGCUAGGACCCAACAAACUUCAAGAGCGUUUUCAUCUGAAUCAAAAAGACUCUAUAUACAUGGACCUUCUGGUUUAGGAAAUUCAUACACCUUGUAUUAUAUUGUUUCGCAACUCCGUCUGCAACCUGAAGUGUGUAGGGUGACAUAUAUCAAUAGUUGUGAUGUGUGGUGGAACACAUAUCAGGAAGAUCCAUACGAAUAUUUAUUGAACGAGUUGAUAUGUACUUUCAACAUGGAUAAGUUACCAACAAAGACCAUAGUUGAAUGGGCGAAUUUUGUAAUGCAAGCUUGUGGUUCCGAAUUUAGGACAUCUACUAAUAAUGAGGUGUUUCCAAAAGAAUUUAAACCAUGGAAGCAGUUAAAUUUAUUUGGUGGUUAUGAUGAUAAUGAAUUCAAUGAAUGGUGCAAAUUAUAUAACUAUGACAUUGAUGGGGAUCUAGAAACCAAGUCUCAAUUGGAAGUUAUCAAAUUUUGGACAGGCGCCUACCCUUUGGAGUUAGAUAUAUGGCAUCAGACACCAGGCAAUAACCUGUUAGAGAAGUCCCAAAAAUAUUUGGCAAAUCGAAAAGCAAGUAUUGGGUUAAGUCAUCAAUCUUAUAUAGAAAGUUUAUCAAUUGGAAGGGAGGAAAAUCUUUCUAAAUGUAUUACUUCUAUGAUUCUUCAAACUGUUCCUCCUGAAAUGGAUUAUGGAAUGGAUCGACAAUUGAUGCAUAAAGAUACUAUUUUG